GCGCUUCGUGUAUCUCUCACCCAUAAAUUCAUUCUAAUGCGAAGAAAAAAUUGAAAAAGUGACAAGGGACCACCGGUAGCCAGUUGCCACCAACCAUCCUCACUCAGAUCUCAGAUCUACCUGUGUCGUUUCCUCUAUAAAUAAACAAAUAACCACAUUACCGCUCCUCACAUUCCGCGCUUUGUGUAUCUCUGUCUACCUUACCUUACCUCACCUCACAAGGGACAAAGAUAAAAAAUGAAGAUCAUUGAGAAAAUUCACGCAGCCUCGGCUGAUCCAAACAGGGUGGUGUUCUCAUUUGAGUUCUUCCCGCCCAAGACUGAGGAUGGGGUGGACAAUCUGUUUGAGAGGAUGGACCGCAUGGUGGUGCACAACCCCUCAUUUUGCGACAUCACUUGGGGUGCUGGAGGGACAACGGCUGAUCUUACAUUGGAAAUUGCCAACAAGAUGCAGAACAUUGUCUGUGUGGAGACCAUGAUGCACCUCACCUGCACCAACAUGCCUGUUGAGAAGAUUGACCAUGCUCUCCACACCAUCAAGUCCAAUGGCCUCCAAAAUGUGCUUGCACUUCGAGGUGAUCCACCGCAUGGUCAGGACAAAUUCGUCCAGGUCGAAGGCGGCUUUGCCUGUGCACGCGACUUGGUGCAACAUAUCAGAGCUAAAUAUGGUGACUACUUUGGCAUUACAGUCGCUGGUUAUCCAGAGGCACAUCCGGAUGUUAUAGAAAGUGAUGGGUUGGCUACAUCAGAGGGUUAUCAAAAUGAUCUUGCUUACUUGAAGAGCAAGGUUGAUGCUGGAGCAGAUCUGAUUGUCACUCAGUUAUUUUAUGAUACGGAUAUAUUCCUCAAAUUUGUGAACGACUGUCGCCAAAUUGGAAUAACGUGCCCUAUUGUACCUGGAAUUAUGCCCAUUAAUAAUUACAAGGGCUUUAUCCGCAUGACUGGGUUUUGCAAAACAAAGAUACCAGCUGACAUUAUGGCUGCUUUAGAGCCUAUCAAGGACAACGAAGAAGCUGUCAAGGCUUAUGGAAUUCACCUGGGAACUGAAAUGUGCAAAAAGAUUUUAGCUCAUGGAAUUAAUACAUUGCAUCUUUAUACACUAAAUAUGGAGAAAUCGGCAUUAGCGAUACUAAUGAACCUUGGCCUAAUUGAAGAGACCAAAGUUUCUAGGUCCUUACCUUGGAGACGCCCUGCAAAUGUUUUCCGUGUUAAAGAAGAUGUCCGUCCAAUCUUUUGGGCAAAUCGUCCAAAAAGCUACAUAUCAAGGACAAUAGGAUGGGAUCAAUACCCACACGGGCGUUGGGGUGAUUCCUGUAAUCCAUCAUAUGGUGCAUUAUCUGAUUAUCAGUUCAUGCGGCCACGUGCACGGGACAAGAAGCUUGUUGAAGAAUGGGCAGUUCCCUUGAAAAGCAUUGAAGAUAUAUAUGAGAGGUUUAGACUGUAUUGUCUUGGAAAGUUGAGAAGCAAUCCUUGGUCAGAACUAGAUGGUCUUCAGCCAGAGACAAAGAUAAUAAAUGAGCUGCUGGAAAAGAUUAACACAAAGGGCUUCCUCACCAUCAAUAGCCAGCCAGCUGUCAAUGGGGAAAAGUCAGAUUCUCCUACUGUUGGCUGGGGUGGACCAGGCGGGUAUGUUUACCAGAAGGCAUAUGUAGAGUUCUUCUGCUCUAAGGAAAAGCUGGAUGCACUUGUUGAUAAAUGCAAGGAUCGAACAUCUUUAACUUAUAUGGCUGUGAAUAAAGACGGGAGCUGGAAAUCUAAUGUGGGUCAAACUGAUGUUAAUGCUGUGACAUGGGGUGUCUUCCCAGCUAAGGAGAUAAUUCAACCAACCAUUGUUGAUCCUGUCAGCUUCAAUGUAUGGAAGGAUGAGGCAUUUGAAAUUUGGUCAAGAGGAUGGGCAAGCUUGUACCCUGAGGGUGAUGCAUCCAGGAAAUUGGUUGAAGAGGUUGGGGGCAGCUACUUCUUGGUGAGUUUGGUCGACAAUGAUUACAUCAAUGGUGAUCUUUUCACCGUCUUUGCAGAUUUCUGACAUGAGCUUAUUAUUUAUUAGUUCUUUAGUUAUGUCACUUCUGUUCGUUGUCAUGUUCCUUUCCUUUCUUUUGUUUUCUUCUCAGUAGGAUGGUUCAUAUUACACGUGGUUCUAAGUUGAAGUACCAAAUUAUUUUUCUGGGCUUUGCCCCAAACAUCUUUAUUUUUUCAUUCUUCUGAGUCGCAUGAGUAACAUGUACGUUGACUUAAGGACAAGUUACUCCUUCCUUUGAAUUCGAUGUUUCUUAACUGUGAAAGUAGAAUAUCGAAGUCUUGUGUGUUAUAUUUUGCUUUUAUUUCUUUUCUCUGAGAACCUUGUCAUCAUUGGCAUUUGAGAAAAAAAAAUCAUGUAUAUUACAA